AUGAGUUCAGGAAAUAACAAUGUUAAUGAGCGCAUGCAAUUCGCUUUCGACCUCAAUCUUGAAGCAGUUGGUGAUGGCAAUUGCGAUUCUCCCGAUAACUCAGACUUGUGUACGAUUUGUCUCGAGCCGCUGCUGGUCAACACUGAUCGAACAGUUGUUACACUUAUGUGUAACCACAAGUUUCAUAUUGAUUGUAUUGGUUCGGCUUUCAAUGCAAGGAACUCCAUGCAGUGCCCAAACUGUAUGCGAAUAGAACCAGGUCAAUGGCGAUUUUCAACUUGCAACCAUCAAAACUUUGAUUGGAGGGAUGAGGAUUGGUUCUCCGGAGGAGAAGAUCCAGGAUUCUUCAAUGCCAUGCAUAUGGGAAUGGAGUUGUGCCCUUAUGCACAUUUAAGUCGUGAGCUAUAUCAUUACGAGGGUCCAAAUUCUGGUCACAACACAGAACAAUGUCUUUUCAUAGAGUAUUCUUUCACUCUUCCUCGAUAUCCUACUGCUGCUGCCGGAGACACUCGAGGUUCCGACUCACGUUACACCGAACCUGAACCUAUACCAUAUACUCAACAAGUUUUCUGGAGUGUCGCAGGGCCAGGGGUGUUUAGAGGCCGACACUAUUUGGCCCAUCCAACUUUGUAUCAUGAUCUUAGCUCAAGAGUGACUCUGCCUUAUCCAAACCGCAGCACAAUGCAGCCUAACAGGAUGGAUCCGUCAACAUCUUCACCUGUGUCGCGUGGUUCUGUGUUCUCGACCAUGACCGUACGGGAACAACUAGCUACAACAUUACUACCAGAUUCUUGGUCAAAUAUAAUUGGUUUGAUGAACUUUCUCAUUAACGGUAGCUCCCACCGAUCUAACGUGUGGUACGCUGAGUCUUUGUUUGACCUGGCGCAACAAUUCCAAAUGGAUAGAGAGUUAUACAGCAUGGUGUUUGUUGACGAUGGCUUCGGAAGUGGCAGCAGAGGCGGAGGAGGGAGAGGUGGAGGCGGAGGAAACGAUAGAGAUGGUGGUGGUGGAAGCGGUGGAAGUGGUCAUGUGUUCCAGUCUGGUGGAGAACAACUGGGUGGAGGAAUCGGAGAUUCUUUGUCAACUACAUUCGGUUUGGACCAGCAGGUCUAUAACAAUGGCUUAAACCAUUCCAACGUACAGGAGGCUGAGCCUUUCAUUGACCUGGUGCAACAUUUCCAGAUGGAUAGAGAGUUAUUGAUCAACAUGAUCCGUGAUGGCGGUGGCAACGAGAACGGCAGCAGAGGCGGAGGAAACCAAAACCGCGGCAGAGGGAGAAGGGGCAGCGUUAGAGGCGGAAGAAGGGGUGGCGGUGGUGGCAAUGGAAGAAGGGGAGACGGUGGUGGAAGUCGUGGAGGUGGAAAUGGCAAUGGCUAUGGGAUAAGUCAUGGUGGCAGAAACUGA